GCCCAGCUUGACGCAUUCUCGAAGGCUAAAAAAAAAGAUAAAGUAGGUCAACAUACAUCCUAUGAAUGAAAUAGUCCUUGGAGUAUGCAUUGAUUUGUCAACUUUUGUUGGAUCUGACAUAUUCUUAUUUAUCUUGUAUUUAAAAUGUAGCUGAUAUGUAUCAAAAUUAUAGUGACUUAUUUUUCACUUAAAAUAAACACUUUGUUGCGAAGUCACAUAGAUCUAUUCACAGUUAUCUCGGAGAGUUUGGCAGCCAUGUUUGAUUUAAGACGGCUUCAUCGCCAUUAUGAAAUGGCAAAAAUUAUCGAAUUUUCAGCAAACGCUUAAAACCUGUAGAUUCUAGGAGACAGGAUUGGCAAUGUGUUUCUGGUUGAAAUAAUUUAUUCCUGUAUAACUUCGCAAAGUUUUUGACCGAUAUAUUUAUUAAAAUGGUUAAAGAAAGUGAUUCAAAUGUAGAGGUAAAUUCUACAUACUUGGAUUGGAUUUUAGAAGCCGUUCAUAAAAUAAAACACCAGAAACAGCGACCCAAUAAAGAGAGAAUUAUAAAUGCCAUAAGACAAAAUCAUCAAGUUACAGAAGAUUCUAUUGUUGAACAACUAGAAUUAUCUGUACAAAGUGGAAAACUUUUGAGAGUAGAAAACAACAAUGAUUAUACUUACAAAGACCCUGCUUUAAUUUCUCAAGGUAAAUCAUUACCUCCAAGUAAAUCAGCAUCUCCAGGUAAAUCAAUGUCUCCUGGUAAACCGCUGUCUCAGGGUAAAUCAAAGCAAUCAGACAGCAAAGAUGACUUAAUGAAACUUGUUGUUCAGUGUUUAAAACAGUCUCAUGAUCCUAAGGGUCUCAUGCUAAGAUCCAUUGAAAAAUAUGUCAAUUCUAAAUUAAAGAAUAAGGAUGAAGGGAAGCUAAUCAGCAACCUGCGUACAUUCAUACGUAGAGCUGUACAGCAAGGUCAACUUAAACAGGUUGGCAAAAUGAUAAAGUUACCUACUACAGAAGAUAGAAAAGGCAACAAUCAGCCCUCUCUUGGUCUUGGUGACAGUAAUGUGGAAAUAGUUUUACCAUUUGAAAGGAAUAGGAAAAAGGCAACACCGCUAGUUUUGUGUAGUUUUUGCUUGGAAGGUGCAGAUUCCAAUAGAGAAGGAAAAUGGGAAGAUCUUAUUUCUUGUGCUGAUUGUGGUAAUAGUGGCCACCCAUCAUGCUUAAAGUUUUCUGAAGAGUUGACUGCUAAAGUUCGUAAACUGAGAUGGCAAUGUAUCAAUUGUAAAAAAUGCUCGUUUUGUGGAAAAUCUGGAAAAGAGGAUGACAUGCUGUUUUGUGAUUUCUGUGAUCGUGGCUUCCACAUGUCAUGCUGUGAUCCGCCCAUUUCUAAACCACCAAAAGGUGACUGGAAAUGUAAUCUUUGUGAUCCAGAACGUGGAAAUAAAAAAGGAAAGCAAUUUCUGGAAGCAGCUAUGAAAUAUACAUUAAAAAUUAAGUCACAAAUACAUGCUACCUCCAAACAGAAGCUUAAAAAAGCCAGGUUAUUCCAGGCUGCAAAACAGAAUAAGAUGAGAAGCAGCAACAAAAAAAAGAAGAGAAAGUCAGAAAGUGCUGAUGAAGAUAGUAGUGAAGAUAAUGAAACAAUGAAAACAGAUCUACUUUCCCCUAGUGAGUUUACACUCAAUCAGGGGACUUUAGAAGCACUUAGUGUUCUGCCUGAAACCAAACAUUUGGUUGAUGGCCUUUCUCACUUUUUCACCCCCUCAAACAAGCGCUCAUCACGUGUGUCCCUUUGUGCAAUUCAACCUCCCCUUAUUGGCAUGGGUGAGGAAAUAGUGAAAAAAAAAUCAAAAAACAAAUUAACUAAUAGAAAAGAUGUUAAGAAAUCACGGAAUUCUCAGCGCAGCACUCAAAAAACAGCUUGUAGGCUUAUCAAACGUUCUAAAUUAGUACAUGCUUCAAGGGUGAGAAAGAAGAGUGGGGCACCACCACUUAGUGGCCAAUUGCGGGGACUAUUUGAUGGUCUCUCUCAGUUUUUCAAUGCAACAGGUGAGCGCAAGAGGACAUUACCGGUGUAUAAUUGUAAAAAAGAAACUAGUUUGUCUAGCUCUAGUGCGAGCUUUCCACUAUCCUCUUGUACUCAACACAGCUGUGAUAGUAAGGGUUUGAAUGUGUGUAUAAGUGACAGGCAGGGAUCUGAGUCUAUUCUUUCAUCAUCGCGGCGUCAACUCUCCUGGUGGGAUGAGAUGAACCACCUCAUGCAGAUGACAUUACAGGAGUUUCGACAUUAUGGGUCCCAACUUUUGGAUGGUCAUAAUAGAUGCUGGGCUGGUCGAAGGACGUGUAUAGCUCAAGGCAGGGGGAAUAACAGCCAUUUGUUUAGGGAUACUAUACGUACAAAAGCAGGAAUGGUUUUACCAUCAUAUGUGACAGAAGAGGAUGUGGCUUUAUUUAAACAAGCUCAAGAACAGUCACAGAAGGAAUUGGAUAAGCAAUGUACUCAAGAAGCUAAUGGCCUAGAAUGCAAAGUAGAAACUGGUCGUUACCCUCCUUGUAUUGAGAUGGGUCAGUACGAGAUAGAAACUUGGUAUUCGUCACCUUACCCACAGGAAUAUGCCAGCUUACCAAAACUUUAUAUCUGUGAAUAUUGUCUAAAAUACAUGAAGAGCCGAAAUGGACUUCAUAGACAUAUUGAAAAAUGUCAACUAAGACAUCCACCAGCAGAUGAAAUCUACCGUUGUGGUGAAUUAUCUGUAUUUGAAGUGGAUGGACAAUCCAGCAAACUCUACUGCCAAAAUCUUUGUCUGCUUGCCAAAUUGUUUUUGGAUCACAAAACUUUGUAUUAUGAUGUUGAGCCUUUUUUGUUUUAUGUGUUAACUGUCAAUGAUGAAUAUGGUUCUCACAUUGUUGGUUAUUUCUCAAAGGAAAAACACUGUCAACAAAAGUACAAUGUGUCAUGUAUAAUGACAAUGCCACAGUAUAUGCGCAAAGGCUAUGGGCGUCUACUCAUAGAUUUCAGUUACUUGUUGUCUAGACGUGAAGAAUGUUUUGGAUCACCAGAGAAACCUCUAUCAGCUCUUGGUGCUGUCAGUUACAAAGCUUACUGGCGCAGUGUCUUAUUAGAACAGUUUAAACAAUCUCAAACAAAAAUCACAAUUAAAAGUAUCAGUGAAAGAACAGGAAUUUGCCCCUUAGAUGUUUUGCAGACAUUGAAAGAUCUAAAAUUCUUAAAGCAACAAGGUGAAAAACCUGUGAUAGCAGUGGACCAUUCCAUGGUAGAGGCCUAUGUUGAGAAAGUAAAGGCUAAACCACAUUUAACUUUAGAUGAAGACAGCUUGCACUGGACACCUAUCAUUAGCAAGUCUUUUUUGACAGAGGAGGAGGAAGAGGCUGACAAACAGUUGGUUGAGAUGCGCCAUGUGGUUGAGAGUAUAGUGACAGAACGUAAGAAAAUAUCAGAAGAGCUGAAAAAAACUCCAAUAAAAGAUGAAGCCAAGAUAGCUUCACUGUGUUCCCCUAGCACACCUGAAGAAGAUCAGACUGAUAAGUGGCCAAGAAGAUUUGGACGUAAGAGAUUUCCAAGCAUGACUUGGGGAAACUCAGCUUUAAAAAGAUUUAAAAAUGAUGGAGAUCCUAAGUGUCCAUUUGAAUUUGAAGCUGAUGAAGACAUGCCUCCCCCACCUCAACUUCGUAUGGAAAAAUCUCCUGCCAGGACAUCAUCCCCUCUAAGUCCCAUAAGCCCGUCACCUUUCCGCCCCAGCUUUGACUCUCCUGUUAAAACUCCAGAUAAAAAAUGGCCAAGAAAAGCAGAAGAAGUUGUGAGAAAAGUUCAAGGGAAAAAGAAAAUGAGGCGCAAACCAGGAAGACCACCCAAAAUGGAUGGUGUUUCUUCUGUGCAAAAGAUAAAGAAUAAGUUAGGCCGUAAGCCAGGUCGACCUUCAUUGAAGGACAACAGGAAAGAAAGGCCAUUGAGUAAACAGGGUCGACCAUUCAAACGAAAACCAGGAAGACCUCCUAAAAAAGCAGAUGAAAUGGAAGAUUCAGUUGUCAAGAAUAGUGAAGAUGAUGUUAAAAAUAACAAAGUGCCUGGCAGAAAACCAGGAAGACCUCGCAAGAACAUGACAAAAUCAAGUGGUCAAGCGGAAGAAGAGGCUGCUAGUCACAAUGAAAGUGAUGAAGAGGUGGAAGAAAAUAAAAAAGAAGAAACAUUAAGCCAAGAUAAUGACUUCUUGCCGAGCCAUUCUACGGUCACUACAAGUCCGAAAAGCAACAAAGUUAUUGAUGAGUAUAUUGAUUCAUCGUCUACUAGUGACAGCAGUGAUUCAUCCAAUUCUGACACUUCAGACUCGGAUGAUGACGAUGAUGAUGACGACGAUGAUAAUGAUGGCGAUAAUGAUGACUCAGAAGAUGAAGAAAAGACUAAACCAAAGGUUGUUGAAAGUGGGAAACCAAUCGAAAACAAUAAUAGCAUCACCGAAAUGACCAGUAAAGUUAGGCGGUUGUCAGCAUCAUCAUCUGAUGAUAGCGAUGCCAUUCCCAGGGUGAGUGCUGUCAUAAGGCACAGUGUUGAGAAACUGAGUGAUGAUGACAGUGGUCAUGAAAGGAGGGUCACAACACAAAUGUUCUCUGAUAGUGACAGCCAAGACCAAGCUCAGGCCACUGUAGAAAAGAAAGAGGAGCCUGCAAAGGAGGAGGAAAAAUCCCCUGUGGAUGUGAGAGAAGAGAGAGAGGAAGAUGAGGAGACUAAAGCAGCAAGUGAAAACUUAGCUGAGAUCGUUAAAGAUUUGGAGCAAGCUGACAGUCCCCAGGCUAGUGUUGAAUCUUCCUCGUUUGGCAGCAUAGACGAGCUAACUGAUGCUUUUAGUGACGCUCAGUCUCCCAGUGAUCCCUUGAUUCCAUCUUCCCCACCGCCGGCCCCUGCACCUGUCAUAGUCAACAGUGAUGACGAGGACCUCCCAUCCCCUGCUGGCAGCAUGGGUAGAGCUCCAACCCCACAGAACGUUAACCUACAGUCUGACUCACAAGUGGGCAGGCAGUCUGUUGACCCUCUGCUCUCAUCUCCCUCACACAUGCAUCAACCUAUUCAACAGGUGACGUUAAUGUCUCCGGCUGUACAACAAAGCAUGAUGUCCCCAUCUGUUCAACAUUCUUCAAUGAUGUCCCCUUCUAUUCCACAACAGACAUUAAUGUCUCCGUCUAUUCCACAACAGACUUUGAUGUCACCAUCAAUUCCACAACAGACAUUAAUGUCUCCUUCAAUUCCACAACAGACUUUAAUGUCACCUUCUAUUCCACAACAGACACUUAGGUCACCAUCAGUUCCUCAACAGACGUUAAUGUCUCCAGCUGCACAGAACAAAAAUGUGACUGGGAUGUUUCCAGGGUCACCCAUUUUAAUUUCAGCCUCGCCUGAAGUUAAGCAGCAGCCACGCACACCGUCCCAGCAAAUUCCCACCUCUUCACCGUAUGAUGACCCAUACCACAGUGUAGCCUCCCUAGCCUCACCUGCACAGCUCACAUCACCUGGCCAGUUGACCUCGCCCUCCCCCUCCCAUCUUUCCUCACCAGCCAUGAGUGGGCAUCAGGAAAAGCACACAAUGGACACAUCACCUCAACAAAAAACACACUCUUCCAUGGGGAUGACGAGGCAAAAUAAGUCUGCCUCAGCUCGUUCCCAACAGAGGUCAAGAUCUUCAGGUCAAGGUCGUGUGACCCAAACUUACCUCCCAUCAGUGUCAACAGGGGCAAAUGUUCAAAGCUUGCAGCAGCACCAAGCCAACUUUGAUGUCUCUCAGCUGGCCGCUGACAUGGCAUCAGAACCUAGUCAGCAUUCUUCACUCACACUUAACUAUGACUGUGCACAAAACAUGCAAUAUUGUAACAAUGGUCAGAGCAGGAAUAGUUUUAUGGACACUGUCAACAUGGGUGGCCUGCAUGCCCACUCGAGUGGUUCUGGGUACCUGAGCCAGUCAGUGGCAACAACAAGCAUCAACUACCACCAUCAUGGCUCUCCUAUUUCUACAUACCCACCCUCACUGCAGCAGCAACAACGCACACAGCAGUCACUGCACCAAAAUUCACCUCGUAUAAUUCCAAUGGUAGUUCAGCAAGCCAUGCUGCAGGGAAGCAAUGUCUAUCAAACUCAACAACCUAAUAACUGUGAUCUAAUUAAACUCCAACAAUUGACAAACCGCAUUCAUGAUAUGCCAGUAGAUAACUUGCCAGCACAGAACCUCACCCCACCACCACCUUCAUCCAUCAACAUGACCCCACCCCCCACUGUCAUGAUGCGGUCCAUGACACCAGUUCCUCCCCAUACAGCCCUCAUGGGUCAACCUUCAGCGCCAGUUUACAAACGGCAACGAACAUCGUCGUCCACCUCCCGUAAAGCUCCCACCGUAAGCCAAAGCAACCCUAAUGUGACAAUCAACCCUAACAUGACAUUGACUCCCAACGUGACCAUCCAGCCUGGCACUGGAGGAAUGAUCCCCAGAUAUUUCCCUUACAGGAUGCCCCAAGGCAUGAUCAACCCCAGCUACAUCACAGCUAACUCACAGAGUUUUUUACAGCCGCAACAAAUUCCAAUGCAAAUGAUGAACGUCAGCCCACAGACUGCUUUUCAGCAACAAACUGGCCAACCAGGGAACCCAACCACUGUUUAUACCCCUUAUUAUAUUAAUAUGAAUAAUGUUAUGCGCAGAUAAAUCAUCCAUUGGCACUAUCUAACUUCAUUUUCUGCAAUUAAAAUUUUUAUAGUAAAUUGUCUUUCAAGGGUUUCAUUAAAUCUUUGUGCACUGA